AUGUAUUAUAGCUUGAAAGAAUUACUUAUCAAUGAUUAUUUUAAAUUCAAUGAUAAUAAAAGUGAUGAUACUAAAUCAGUUUGUAUAGAUAAUGAACAGCAUGUUUAUUAUAAUGUCAUGUAUCAUAAAAAAACGACUAGAGAUUAUUUGCGUACAGUUCUGCAUCAUCCAAUUUAUGAGUAUUUUUUGACGUUUGUUAUUAUAUCCAGUUCAAUAACAGUUGGUUUAAGCUUAGAAACAGAUGAAAAUAAUAAAAAUAAUAAUUAUCGCCAAAACUUGGUUUACGCAUUUGAUGAAAUCUUCAUUGCAAUAUUGUUUCUUGAUUUUUCUCUUAAAAUAUAUCUAGAAUCAUGUCAUUAUUGGGUUGAUUGGACAAAUCUGUACGAUUUUAUUAUUAUUCUUUUUGGUCUUAUUGAAAUUAUUUGGAAUUUAUUUGUUCAAAAACAAUAUUCAGCUAUAAGAAACUUAUUAAAAGGCUUCCGAUUAUUACAAUUAAUACGCUUACAUCGAAUCAUAAGGUUAUUUGAUGGUCUACAAUUAUUAACGCAAGCUUUAAUGAAAACCGUAUUGACAUAUACAUUCAGCGUUGUUAUUCUUGUUUUCUUAUUUAUUUAUAUUGUUGCUGUUAUUGGACAAAUUCUUUAUGGUAGAUCAGAAGAUAGUCUUUGGCAUCAUUUUUCUACGUCAUUAUCUAUUGCUACGCGAUUAACAUUAGUCGACAAUUGGAAUUUAAUUGAACCCGAACUUGAAAAUCACGGUAGUCCACCAAUAUCCCGUUGGUUUCUGAUAAUUAUAGUUUUUGUUGGUAAUCGUAUCGUUACCAAUGUCCUCGUUGGAUUAAUGAUUGAAAGUGUAUCAUCUGUCAAUGAUGAUUAUAUGAAAGAAAAACGUGAAAAGAAAAAUUUACGUAAUCAAAAAAAGCGUGAAGAAUUAAGUAAACGUACAACGCAAAUAUUUAAUACAAGAGCUUCAGAUACGAAUAGUAAAACAAAUAGAAUCGAACAGACAAAAGAACUCAUCAAAUCCAAAUUAAAUUGGCUUCAUAAUGAAAUCAUUUCUCCGAAAGAUUUCAUAUUUUUAAUUGAUUGGUUGGAGAAGCUAGUUGCAUGCAGCGAGAAAUCUCAGAUCGAAGUUAAAUCAAUUCAUCGUCUGAUAAUACAUAAUAUUCAAUCGUUAUCAUAUGUAAUCAAUGAAAAUAUGAAGAAAAACGAAUAUAAAUUGACAAAAUUGGACGAUAAAUAUCAUGACAACAGCAAUACAUGA